UCCUCCGCUCAGCCACUGCUGGGUCCGACUUCGUCUGGCGACAACGGCUAUGGGGGGGUUGUUUUGAUUAAAGUUGACGGAUUUUUUUUCUCCACGUUUCUAUUCCCGCACUGUUGAGUUCCGGGACGUUCUGACGUGCUUUCUGAGUGUUCACACCGUCUGCUUUUCUUCCUGCUCCCGGAGGAGAAACUAACUUGGGAAUAACCGAUCUUUAAGCUGAGAGGAGCAACUUUUCCAACUGCCUUACUAGUCAACGGGCUGACCUAUGCUAAGCUAACCCCGCUAGCCAAUGCUGUUGAAAUCCCUGUUUAAAGUCCACAAACGAGCAAGAGGACUUUACAUGUCGGGGUACGGUCACUAGACGGUAUUUACCGGCUACUUUCCAUGAGAAAGCUGCCGCUCGGAGCUUCACUUUACCCGGUCUGAGUGGACGGUGCAGGUGCACCUCUUGCGGCACCUGCGAAAACUUGGUAACUUAGCUCCAUCGUUGGAAAGCUAACUUUAGCUUGUCGCAUUAGCAUUAAACAGAAGCAGAUACUAUAGUGUGGAGCUGUUCUUCUCUCAUGGCAGAGAUUGUUUGAGGUUUAAGACAUGAGUUGUUAGUUUCAAAGUGUAUAUUGCUGUUUAACCGUCAGCCGUUAAAGAGGUGACAUUAGCUAAGGCUAACCGUUGCUAGCAAGUUGUGACCCUCAUUCACUUUUACCGGAGUGGCGACGUGGAUACAGGGCUGUGGACGCUGUCUCUCCCACAGGACUUUGGACACGGUUUCUUCCUGCCCCGGGCUGCGCAGGGUAUGCCCCUCUCUUAUCAGCAGCUAGUGUAGAUGUGACAGCAUGCGGAUUUCUCAAAGUUACAUUUCACCGUUUUAAAGUUUUCGUUUUGUCCUAAAAGCUCUGCACCCUAUGGUGCCGCUACGGCCACCGAGAAAUGGAUGUCUCGCAGGCCGCUUUCCCAAACGGUGAAGGGCGGCCGGGCGGCGAUGGGACAGGGGAGCAUGCCUGGACAGAUGCCCCCACGGUUCGGGCGUGGGCUCACUCCGCCCCGCUGUGCCCGACCCGGUCCCUGUGGACAGCUGCGUAUGACUACGAGGCAAGCGGCGAGGACGAGCUCAGCCUCAGACGCGGGGACGUGGUGGAGGUGCUGUCCAAAGACGCAGCGAUCUCCGGGGACGAGGGAUGGUGGACGGGCAAAAUCAACCACCGGGUCGGGAUUUUCCCCUCCAACUAUGUCACCUACCAGCCCGCUAUUUACCGUCUCCCUGCAACGAGUGUCUCCGUUGGGGCACGAGAGCAAGUCCCGAGCACGCCUGUCCAGAUCCCCUUCAGUGAACUGGUACUAGAGGAGAUCAUAGGCGUGGGUGGAUUUGGCAAAGUUUACCGAGGCACAUGGAAAGAUCAGGAGGUCGCCGUGAAGGCGGCUCGGCAGGACCCAGAUGAGGACAUAACAGCCACCGCCAGCAGUGUUAAACAAGAAGCGAAACUUUUCUCCAUGCUGCAGCACCCCAACAUUAUUAAGCUGGAGGGAGUGUGUUUGAAGGAGCCCAACCUGUGCCUGGUCAUGGAGUAUGCCCGAGGCGGGACACUGAACCGGGCGUUGACCGGAAGGCGCAUCCCUCCACACAUCCUGGUCAACUGGGCCGUGCAGAUUGCACGCGGGAUGCUGUACCUACACGAGGAGGCCGUGGUACCCAUUAUCCAUCGUGACCUGAAGUCUAGCAACAUUUUAUUACUUGAAAAGAUUGAGAAUGACGACAUCGGGAGGAAGACCUUGAAGAUCACAGAUUUCGGCUUGGCCAGGGAGUGGCACAAAACCACGAAAAUGUCAGCUGCAGGCACCUACUCCUGGAUGGCCCCCGAGGUCAUCAAGUCGUCUCUCUUCUCCAAAGGCAGUGACGUCUGGAGCUAUGGUGUCUUGCUGUGGGAGUUGUUAACGGGGGAGGUGCCUUAUCGUGGGAUAGACGGCCUGGCUGUUGCUUACGGUGUGGCAGUCAACAAGUUAACUCUACCAAUCCCCUCCACUUGCCCCGAACCCUUCGCCAAGCUCAUGGAAGAGUGUUGGGACCAGGACCCCCACGUGCGUCCCUCCUUCUCCUGCAUCCUGGAGCAGCUGUCGGCCAUCGAGGAGGCAGUGAUGGCCACCAUGCCCCAGGACUCCUUCCACAGCAUGCAGGACGACUGGCGCGUGGAGAUCCAGGAGAUGUUUGACGAGCUCAGGACCAAAGAGAAGGAGCUGCGUUCCAGAGAAGAGGAGCUGACGCGGGCCGCCCUCCAGCAGAAGUCUCAGGAGGAGCUGCUGAAGCGUCGGGAGCAGCAGCUGGCAGAGCGGGAGAUCAACGUGCUGGAGAGAGAGCUCAACAUCCUCAUUUUCCAGCUCAACAAAGACAAGCCCAACGUGAAGAAGAGGAAAGGCAAAUUCAAACGUUCCCGCCUCAAACUGAAAGAUGGAAACCGCAUCAGCCUGCCAUCAGACUUCCAGCAUAAGAUCACUGUGCAGGCGUCACCUUCUAUGGACAAGCGGCGAAGCCUUCACAGCACCAGCUCCUCUCCUCCCAGCAGCCCCACACUCAUCCCCCGGCUACGAGCCAUUCAGCUUACUCAAGAUGAGAGCAACCGAACGUGGGGCCGCAGCACCCUCUUCAGGCCAGAGGAGUUUGAUGACGUGAAAAAGGGAAUCAAGAAGAAAGGAAGAACCUGGGGCCCCAGUUCAGUACAGAGCAAAGAGAGGCCUGCUGCUGCUGAGAGAGUGCGUCCUCUGUCAGACGGUAGUAACCCCUGGUCCACCAGCCUGGUCAAGUCCCAGAAGUCUGUCCCCCUCGCUGCCCUGUUUGCUGAACAAGCGGGGGGCGGUAAAGACGAGGCAUUCUCCCAGGAAUGUCCCGACAGCAGCUCCAAGCCAAAGCAGCUCAAGUUCCCCAACCAGGUGUACAUCGAUCUACCUCUGUGGAGGGACGAGCAGCAGCCUCAGAGCCCCGGUGGGCAUUGUGGGUCGGCAGAUGCUGGGGUCGGGGCGGCAGGUCAGGGUGCCCCACCAGAGACCCCAGACGACCCCUACACCACCACAUCCACCUCAUCCACCUCCACCACCCCACAGCUGACCCCCACUAACAGCCUGAAGCGGACGUCAGCUCGCCGCAAGACUGACUCUGUGCUGUACGGCUGCGGCUCACUGCUGGCUUCAGUUGUGCUCGGUUAUGACAUUAGGGAGGCUCUCAAAAACUCUGGGGAAGAUUGCGAGCCCCCGCGCGAGGAGAAAGAGAAGAAGAAGAAGGAGGGCCUGUUUCAGCGAGCGACCCGGUUCCGCCGCAGCACCUCACCACCCAGUGGUCGCUCCCGCAAAGACGAGACAUCGUCAAAUCACACCGCUACCCAGCCUGUCAAUCUCAUCUCCAUGUCCGCCAUCAUGGAAUGCAACUCCACCAAGUGCCUCUUACAGUCUGAGGCGGAGGUGUCACAGUCCAGCCCGGGGAAGGCUGAGCUGGUGGCUGCCAAUCAUCACGCAGAGUCAUCCAGACCCGGCCCGGCAGCUUCUACAGAAGGCCAGAGUAACAGGACUGCAGCUAACACACAGACACCAGUGCAAACCCAAAGCCAGCCACCAGAGCAGAGCAACCACAACACUGGAACACGUCUACGCAGAAAGAAAUACACCACCAACCACAAUACCAAUGGCCCACCUGCUCUGCCUCCUCCAGCCACACAGAAGAAGCAGGAUAAAGAGAAGGACGGAGCAUCAGAGAAGCCUUCCAGUGGCGAGGCCUUCUCCAGACCACGGCCAGUGUCGUUCCGGGCCAGACCCCACGCCUGGGCCCUGCUGCGGGGACGCAACAAGAGCUACUCCCUGGGCCACUACUCUGGAGAGAAGACAGCACAAAACCUAAGCAUGGUGCUGACGUCAGAGGGCUGCUCGCUGCUGGACAUGGACACAGAGGGACAGAAACGGGACUGCACUGUGCCGCUCUGCCGCAUUCAGAGCUCCCCGGGACGGACCUCCGUUUUCGAGCUGGAGAAAGAGUUCCUCUCGUAGGAGCCCUGGAAAGUGAUCUGCUGUGGUCAUAGUUCAUCCCGUACAAUCUAGUGUUUCAGAACAUACAGACAGAAUUUUUGGCCUAAAACUCCUGGAGGGUUUAGAACCAGGCUGCCUUUUUUCUCCUCCAUUUUAUAAAACGUUCUGUAACAUAGAACCCAGCUUUGUCUUAGCUCUAGGACAUAGGGAUCUCAGUGUUCUAGAGCGUAGCCAAGUCUGAGACUUCUCAAAGACAUCUGUGUCACAGGAGGUCUAGAACAUGCACCCACUCAGUUUGAGAACAGUCUAACAUGCUGCGUUAUGUUUUUUACCCUUCCCAUGUCCUGCCUACUGUCACCCUACUGCACUGUGAUUGGCUAGUACUUGUUACCUCAACGUGAUGCUCUAGUGUAUGACAGUUUUCCUCUUGGUUACAUUUGCCUUGCUGUCAUUGUUGCUGUAAAAGCUGCAAACCACUGCAACCACUCAAAGUGCUUUCUACACUGCGCAUCACCUUUGUACACAGGUGGCUGAGGAUACUGAAAGAGGUGCCACAUGCUACACAGCUUUAACACACUCAGACGCCAAUGGAACAGCCAUCAGGAGCGAUGUGGGGCUCAGUAUCUUGCUCAAGGAUACUUUGACAUGUGGACUGGAGGAACCACAGCUGCCCCAGUAGGCUAGUCAGUAAGCUAGCUUCCGUUGACGGCCUAUUUAUCGUAACCUUCAAAGGAAAUAAGCUAAAUUGCUUUAAAAGCCAGUGUAAACCCUGUGCUUGGUGAUCCUCAGCCAGUUUCUUCACUGCAGGUUGCACAGAAGUUUCAGCCGUAGAACUGUUGUAGAUUUUACAAAGAGCGUGAGGAGCCAGCUGUACAGGCCGCCGACCUGUAGAUGAGGCUUCUUGCUAUGCAAAAAAAUGGAGGCAGGCGCAGCUGCAGUGUCUCAGCCAAGUCCCUCUCUCUUUUUCUUUCUAAGAAUUACUAUUGCUCACGGUUUUCCAACGCUCCCCACUCAGAAGUAGAAUAGCUUUCUACUGUAAUACAUUAAAAGAAUUGAGAUAUGCUCUUUGACAGAGGCACGCGCCUGAAGCAUUAAAGCUCUGAGCAGGCCCAAAAAAUCUGUCCAACCCUAACUUUCAAACCAUGGCAGUAGUUUUGGGCCAGAGCCCAAUUAAAAAGCCGACUUUCUCCUAAUUUUCUAAGGGCUGACGUGUCUCCUGGCAUCCCUUCUCCUACUUCUCCGUUUCUUCAAGAGCGUUGUCGGCUCUGCUGGCAUCUUGUGCACACAACAGGUUCUGCGGAGCGGGCUGCACCCCUCCGUGUGUCUCCCUCUUGUAGUGUGCACAGCGCCCCAUGGUGAUGCCAUGCACAGAUGACAAUCACUGCUCUGCUGCAUGUUACACACAUCUCUUCUCUCCACUGUAUUGCUCCAUGUUUAGUCACAUUACCUCUCCCUCGAAAUCUGCGCUCAUAGCACAGUAGGGUGGGACUUUGGCCAUGCUCACAGCUAGCAUCCACUCACAAGGACAUGUUGAGGUUAUGAGUACCACCCAAUCACAGCACAGUGUGGCAGGACCAGGCAGAACACUGGCAGGAGAAUAAUAACGCAUACACACUGCCUUGUCUCUCGAACACACACAGUUCUGAAACCUGAGCAGAACGUUCUGGAUCAGCAGCUCCUCCUCUGAUCCCUCGGUGCUCGACUGUCGCCUUUGUUCGCUCACCUCUGUCUCUCCCUUUUGUUACCUUCUUCCUUUCUCGUUCUGUCGGUGCAGCUCAACGUUGACCGCUGCUGCAGCUUUCGCAACACAAUACCCUCACCUUUUUAUUUAUAUAUAUAUUUUUAUAGGUAAUUUAAUAUGAAGAGACUUGACCUUACCGUAGCGACCAGCAGGACAUACAUUCCAUGUCAGUUUCAAAGUUGUGCGAUCACGCUUUUAGGUUUUUGUGACUUGAGAAUCAUGCAUGCAUGUACCCUUAAAAUGUUGAACAAAAAAAAAAUGGUUAUGCCUUGUUUGUAAAUAUUUCUUUUUAUCCCAUUCUCAGCCUAAUGCUGGCAGUUGUUUUGUAUUACAUAUAUGCUGUUUUAUGACUGUUUUAAAAGUCAGCGAUGCUGCAGUAUCGUCUGUGUUCUGGGGACAGGUUACACACUGGAUCGUAGCAGGGAUGCAAGUAUGUCUCCUCCCAGAACGCCCUGAAGAUUUUAGAGAUGCAGGUAGAAAAACACUGGAAGUCCUACGAAGCAAACAUGAAAUCUUUUCACUCAAAACUUGGAUAAAUUUUAAACGGCCACUGUGGUCAUGUGUUGCUAAUAUGGAUUUUUCUAAGAGUAUUUAUAGAAACGGUUGUUUUUUUUGUUUGUUUAUUAUUUCCUGUACUCAGCACACUGCAGCAGAGCGGGGGAACACUUCAGUCAUGAAUGUUCAUGUCAGGAAAACCUGCCAUAAAUUAUGAAUAUAAUCUAAUCCCCCCUGAUGAUGGCUGAUUGGCUGAACAUAAUGACACAGCAGAUUUCAGAUUCAAAUCAUGGAAGGAUUUCUACACAGCCCGGGAGUGACCACGCCACCAAAUAGCAAUACUGUAAACCAGACUGUGAUGUAAUACUGUAAACCAGACAAACUGUGCCUUCUGACGCAUUGAAGUUUCUCUGUAUGUCAAAUUCAUGUCUUCAUUUUUACUAUCAUGUGAGCACAGUAUUGCAAUUUAGGCAAACAAAUGACAGGGUUCCCACGAUCAUGAAAUUCCUAAAUUAGAGAAGCUGUUUUCAAGGCCUGGAAAUAGUUUUGAGAUAACAAAAUGUUUUGGGAAAGUUUUGAAUAUACACUUUUUUGGCUAUUGUUUAAAGUAUGUUUAGAAAAUUCCCAUCUUAACAUUCUGUAGAAUUUGUUCCGUAUAAUACUUAUUUAUAUCUAGUGCUGUGACUGUUGAAACAUCACUAAUAUCAACUGAUAUACACUGGCGUAUGCAGUAGGGUUACACUAUAUGAGGAAAACAUGCAGUCACGUUGUUGAAUAUCACGAUAACAAUAUUACAUUACUAAUAUUACGAUUACAAUAUUACCACAAUAUUACUUACUAAGAAUAUUAUGUUAAUAAGCUGAUAUUAAAGUGUACCAGGUU